AUGUUUGAUUCGAUGCGGUUGAAACAAAGCGUAGUAUCUACGUUUACUUCUAAAACAGAAGGGAAAGUAACUGCACUACACAACAGCAUCGGGUUAAAAUAUAUUGAUUUACAGUCAAUUGACUCUAAACAAGAACAGAAACAACUUUGGCUCCAACAAACGUCACAAGAAACAACUUUGGCUCCACCACAAAAUCAUAGAAGAUACUGGCUAGUGACAUCUGAUCUUAAUUUAAAACCUCUAAAAGAUGUUGAAACAAGCGAAGACGAUAAAGAUGAGAAGAUUAAAAGUAAAAUUUCAACACUUAUCGAUCAAACACUUCACGAUACUGGAACUAAAAUAACUGACAUGAAAGAUCUAAAAAAUAAACAUAGAGAUGCUGGACCGUAUAAAGCUGGGUUUAUUUUAAGCAUGGUUAAGAAAUGUAAGGAUGUUAUGAAUGAACUUUUCAAUGUGGCUAUAAAACAUAAGGACGAUUGGAAAGCUUUAGAGCAGUUGAAAGUAUUUGAACUAAUAGUCCAUACUAAUGUGGACACAACAAAUCUCGUAAGACAACUAGUGGAAAUUCAUAUUCAAAAUUUGAAUGCGACAAACAAUCUAAAUAGUAGGAAAAGGCUUGUAUUAUUAAAAAAA